UACGGUCCUCAGCGCUACAAAGUAAGGUAGUGCGUUCAGUGUUUAUCUCGUUAGCGAGCGAGUCCCGCGCUCCGUGCCUCCGCUGUGUUUACGUUGUGUGUGUGACUGAUUGCUCAGUGAUAACGUGACGAGAGUGCCGGUGUACACAUCUUAUCAAGUGUCGAGGGUGAAGUCACAAUGGCCGACGUCAAAGAAAACGUAGAUGCUGGCAGCAAGCUGGCAGACAAACAUAACACAGGCUCCUACGGACACUCGCCCCCCGAGUUCUGGGUUAGCUGGACAAGAUCUGUCGGGCGCGUCUCAGCAACCACCACCAGUUCGCCCUCUUAAUAGAGUUGAUUCGCGAUCCGCAUUUCCACCUCAGUCGCCUAGGCCGGCAGUAUCUCCGUCACAACCUAGACCACAGUUUCAACCUGGAGGACCCGUUACUGCGCCUCCCCAAUUUGCACCAAGAGUAGGUGCCCCAGCGACCAGAGGCCCAGCUCCACCAGGACCUCCGGGGGCCCAACAAGUUCGGCCUGUACCGCCUACGGUUCGACCUUUUGGUCCGCAAUCGAUUGCACCCCAACAAGGUCCUAGGCCGCUUCAAUCUCCGACAGCACAACCACUGCAACGUGCUCCUCCACCGAACAAUUUACAGUUCGGUCCGAGGCAGCCGCCAGCGGUGAGUGCAACAACACCAGACGGAAACAGACCACAGAUUCCUCUGCAACAGCCUAACGGAGCUCCUAGAAACGGAGGACCUGUACCUGGAGUCCAAAGACAGCCAUCACAAGGCUCAUUGAAGGGUCUCGAUACAUCCAAUUCCUAUCAAACGAAACCAGUCAACCUGGAUAACCAAAGUAUAUCUGGUGAAAACCAAAAUGUCAUCAAAACAGAAAACGGAAUUGAAGGGCCUGGGAUGGCUAAAGGCAGGAGCUUCAGUAUUGCAGCUGCCCCCGGAGCACCAAGUCCUCUGAAAGCAGAAGAUGAUCGAAGAAAAUCUGUAAGUGCCAUAGGUGGCAGGAUAGAUGAAUUUAUUAGCCGCAGUCCCGGGCUUGGGUUAAUCCAAGAAGGAAAAUUAGAGAGCAAGGAAAAUGUGCGUGCGUCUAAAGAAAGCGUUAGAUCCGAAGCUUCAAACGAUGGAGGUAAAGAAGUACCCGAACGUCCCGAGUCUCGCUUGUCUGGGUCUAAAAUGACAGAAUCAUUUAUCGGCGCUUUACCUACAUCAACCCCAAAGAAGAGAGACGAUGACGAUGACGUUAUUGCGCAAAAUAACUUGACAGCAUCGAGGAGUGCAAAUGAACCUGCUAAACCAAAAGAAGAAUUUUCCGACCGCUCUCCGUCUUUAACUCGCAGUGAUGACUCUCCAGAACCUAAACAGAAACCGUCGUUGAGUCCAACUGCACCCAAUAAGUCGCAAAGUGUAACUCCAGAGCCCGCACGCCCAAAAACUCCUAAGCUUGAGCCAAAACUAGAUACAAAGGUAGAUCCCAGUAAAGAUGUAAAGCCUGUACCUACGCCAAAUAAGACCCCUUCGAAGUCACCGUUACCGGACUCUAAGCCACCAAUACAGGCUGCAAAAAAGCCGACUGAUUUAAACACGACUAUUACCUCUGCCGAUGCAAAGAAAUCAACGCCUCGUAAAACAGCUUCUGCACCUAAAUCUAGACCAAAAGAUGGCGACAACGAUAGCGGCGUCGAUGAAUCUACACAGGGAAAUGAUGUCAAUGGCUCUCCCGGUUCACCAAACAAAAAGAUUCCGAGCAAGUUACCGAUGAAGGAAAAAUCAAGUAACAGUUUGAAAACGAGUCUCUCACGAUCAUCAAGCAAAAGUGCUACGGCUAAAACUCCGGAAAACCCGGCACCCUCUGAAAAGAAAAAAGUGCCGAUGAACAAAGUGCAAGUAGGCAACGCUCCGUCGCCGAACAUUAAAGCUGUGAAAUCGAAAAUUGGCUCGUUAGAAAAUGCGACGUACAAGCCUGGCGGUGGAAAAGUUAAAAUUGAAAACAGGAAAUUAGAGUUCGGUAACGUAACGCCUAAAAUUGCUGCUAAAAAUGAUGCUUAUACACCUAGUGGUGGAGUGAAAAAGAUUGUGUCUACGAAAUUAGAAUGGAACGCUAAAUCGAAGGUAGGCUCGCUCCAAAAUACUGCAUACAAACCAGGUGGUGGUGACAAGAAAAUUGAAACCGUGAAAUUGGAUUUUAAGGAAAAGGCAAAACCAAAAGUUGCUUCGACGGUUAACAUCACUCAUAAACCUGGAGGUGGUGCUGUCAAGUCUACAGUUGCAAAAGACGGAACGAGAGCUAUCGAAAAUCAAAAAUUGGAAUUCAAAGCACAAAGUAAAGUGGGCUCUAUGGAUAACGUAAAGCAUAAACCUGGAGGCGGUGACAUCAAAAUAUUCGAUGACAAAGAGUACAUCAAGCAGAUUGGACAGUCCCCGGUGCCCGACAGCCACGGCCAUUCCCGGCAGGAGCCGGGAUAUUUGUACACGUUUUAUUGAAGCCCAGUACCAGCGACUUCGGGACCUCCAAAAUCGGAUGAGAAUUUGAAUCAGCAGCAGUGUUAAGAGCUUGCACUGAGACAGUUGACCUCUCAGCGACCUAUUCUAAUGUUUAUAAUCAAGAGUAUAUUGUAUAACAUUUUUUAUAUUUGUUAAUUUUGUUCGAUAUUGAUACCCAGUUUGAGUGACUUUAUUAAGGUACGUUUGUUUAGGCGAAUUGGAUUAUUAAAAUUUGCCAUAAUCGAUGUCAAUGAUUUCUUGCAUAUCUUUUCGGACAAUAUUUUGAGUGCGUUAUAAGUGUAUCAAUUUGUAAUGUAUUGUUAUAUGUAACUAAUUAUAAAUUGAAUGUUGUAUUUGUAGCGUUAUAGUUGAUGAAUAAUUUUACAAUUGAAAACUUUUUUUUGUAUCAUCAUUAUAACCCGAGUGAUGAUUAGUAUCAUGAGUGCCAAUUCAUAAUAGUGCCGUAGAGAAUAUCCAUUUUGGUGUAAACAGUAACUUUGUGGCAAGUAGCCUUUAUCCUUUAUCGACCCAAAUACGCGAGCAUGAUAUUAGUAGAUUCUACCAUUAAUAGUGCUUGAAACAAUCCAUUUGAACAUUGCACUUAUCGAUAUUAUUUUCAUUAGCUGCACUAAAGUACAUUUUCAUGGCGAUGUGUUAGAAUCUUGUAUUGGUAAUCAAGUGAUAUUCAUAAUAUUAUGCAAUUUCAUAUAUUAUCUAAAUGUGUAUAUUUAUUUGUACUAUUCCUAGUAAUAUAGGUUUUGUUAUCACUGUGUUUUGUUGUUUCCACUACGUAUUCAUAGAUUUAUAUGCACUGACUAUUUCAAUGUAUUAUUAUUUGGAAUGUGAGGAUGGUAGGAGUUCUUGGCACAGCAUUUAUCAUGAUUUUGUGAUACACCGUUAUACAUACUUAGAUAGCUUUUCCUAGCGCGUAUUUUGAACAAGCCAGUAUUACCAUAUUGUCACUGACGAUGCUAUGAUGAAGUAGACACUGCUGUGGCGAGAACGGUGCGGGCUCGAGAUUGACUGACCAGAUUAUUAUAUAAAUGUUUUAUAUUUAACUAAUACGACUAUAAGAGAUGAUUAGGUUAGAUAGCGUGUAUUAAUGUUUGAAGCUUGAGUCACAAAACUUCUUUGCAUUGUAAUUUUUAUUAUAAGAUUCCAUUUUAUACUUUGCAUUUGUGCGAUUAUAUUGGUUUCCUAUGUUAUUCAACUUUCAGCGCUGUAUUUUCUAACUUCAUGAUUUAUUUUCUAAUUGGUUAAUUUUUAUGCAAGCUUCUUAUAGUAAAUUAUCUAGAUAAGUUUUAACUGAACUAAUAGAUACUUACUAUAUCUGUAGACAGCAACUUAACUUCAAGUUUUGAGACCUACGAUGUUUUACGAGAGCAAGAACGUAUUGUAUACCUAUUAGGUAAUCGUUUAAUACAGUUUAACACUAUACGAAA